AUCUUUCUGCGUUCCUGCUGAACAGAUUGCAAAGAAAUUUGAGGGACGUGUUCAGGAAGCCCUAAAGAAUGGCACUCUGGUCCUUAUUUUACCCAAAUCGUCAAAAAGUUAUGAAAUAUUGAAAUUGGUGUCUAUCCACGGUCAAGAAAAUGGCGGAUCGGACUGAAAACAUUUUUGCGAAUCGUUUGUCCAAAUAGAGACUAGAGCGCCAUUCUUUGGGUUAGAUAGAGCAAAACGAGCACUUAGGGGAUGAUGACGCAGUUCAUUCGUUUAGUACGCUCGACAGCUCAUCAUUCGCAGUACGUGUAUGUGAUUAAAUGAUUAAGGGCACAGACUCCUUGUGCCAUUUACUGCUAGAUGGCUGAACAUUUCAAUAUCCUAUAACCACCCCUAUUUCACACCCCAUUGAAUGGGCUGUUUUACCGAUGCGGAAUUCGUUGUUCGGCCUCGACGCUUGCAUCGCCUUAAUUUAUUUACUAUGUCUGGAGAAAUGACGGGUUUGUUUAUGACAAAUAAUACAGAUAUUUUAGUAAGUGAUGAAAAUGCAGAGCAAAAUUCUAAAAACGCAGAUGACAAUUUUUUCGAUGAAAUUAUUGGACACAUAGAAGAUAUUUUAUUAGAUGAAUUUCACGCUAUUCAAAAUAAGUUUUUGGAUAGAUAUUGGGACGUUUUUGAACCUAUAGAAGAAAAUAAACUAAUUUAUACUGAUAUAUUUAAUGAAUAUAAUAAUGCUGUGGAAAGUUAUAUAGUGAAUUAUUUACAAAAGGUUAUACCACAUUUUAAUAUAAACACAUUAUUACAAUAUUUAAAGCAACAAAAAUUGGAUGGUGAAGUAUUUGAAGUACUGUCAACAUUCACAGACUUUGUAGCCUUUAAAGAAAUGUUUCUUGAUUAUAGAGCUGUAAAGGAAGGUAAAGUUCAGGAUCUAAGCUCUGGAAUAUCUGUUACAUCUCUGAAAACAUAUAAAGUGAAUGAUCAUUCUUUGAAAUAAGAAACUUUACAAAUCAAGAAAAUAUGUUUUCUAAUACAUGAAUAAUAAAUUAAUAUAUGUGUAAUGA